CGGCGUCCGGCCCGGGGCGGCGCGGCUGCGGCUGCUGGUGCGCGGAGCUGCCCCGGUUCACGGAGCUGCCCCCAUCGCACCGCACGGAGCUGCUCCAUCGCACGGCGCUGCUCCAUCGCACGGAGCUGCCCCGGUUCACGGAGCUGCUCCCAUCGCACCGCACGGAGCUGCUCCCGGCGCACGGAGCUGCUUCCAUCCCAUCGCACCGUCCUGCCCCCAUUGCACGGAGCUGCCCUCCAUCGCAUCGCACAGAGCUGCCCUGCUUCACGGAGCUGCUCCAUUGCACGAAGCUGCUCCGGGCGCACGGAGCUUCCCCCAUCGCACGGAACUGCUCCGGGCGCACGGAGCUGCUCUCAUCGCAUCGCACGGAGCUACUCUCAUCGCACGGAGCUGCUGCAUCGUACGGAGCUGCUCUCAUCGCACGGAGCUGCUCCAUCGCACCGCACGGAUCUGCUUCCAUCGCACCGCACGGACCUGUCCCCAUCGCACCUAGCUGCUCCAUCGUACGGAGCUGCCCCCAUAGCAUUCCGCCCGCCACCCCUUACCACCUGGUCAGCCCUUGCAGCUGCCGGCUGAGAUCAACCCAGCCCAUCGGAUCACUUAAGUCAGGAGGUUUCAUACUUUACAGACAGGAAAGUACACGAAAAAAUAGAUUUCUGGAAGCUGUCCCUGCUGUGUACAAGAAGGAUGCCACAGAUGCUCGGUGUGUUUUGGUAUCUGCUCCAGAAAGGCAAAUGCAUGCCUCCAUGGAGAUGAUCCUGGAAAUGGGGUGCCCUGCUGCUGGUUUUGCCUGUGCAGCAGACGUGAUCUGCAUUUAUCAACGUCAGUCCUUCUUGCUGCGUCCGAGUCAUGUUUGCACUCUCAGUCUCUUAAAGUGAAUAAUGCCCAUCAAAUGCAGCUGUAACAUAAUAGAAAGCACUCUUGGGCAUCUAAUAGAGGAGUCCUGCUGCUUUGCUUCCCUCCCCUGCCAGGAGAGCUUGUUUCAUGUCUAAUAAUUGGCUCAUCUUUCAUGUAGUCAGUCCUUAAGUGUAAACUCAGCUUCUCUAUGGGAAGAUGGAAGGCCCCAUUUACUAGAGACCAGGCAAACCACUUAGAUUAAUGGGAAGUGGAAUCAUUCAUCAAUGUGAAAAUUAAAUCUUUCUCAGAGUUUGCAGUGCUGUGUAUUUUGUUUUGGUUUGUUUGGUUGAUGAUAGAUAUACAUUCUGACAAGUGCAGGCUGCUAUUUCUAAAGAAAAUUUCCUCUCUGGUUGUAACUGCAGAAGAUAUUAAUGGUGCUUCUAAACUAUGUUAUUCCCAUUUAGGGGUUUGUCUGGAAGCAAUGUACUGUACAUAUUUUACAGUGAAUAAAUAGUUGCUUAACAUUU